AUGGACGGACUGUGCGGCGGUUUUGGGGAUGGAGGCCCUGGGGCUGGAACGCCUCCAUCUGUUGAGAAGACUGGCCCGCGGCACAGGCCCCUAUUCGCAAACCUCCUCAGCAUUCCAAGGGAAAUCCGCCACGAUCUGUAUCAGAGACUUCUAGUGGCACGACAGCCUCUUUUCCUGUUUCUAGACAACAGAGACCCUCGAUCGGUGGAAAUGUUCGCGCCCGGGAAGCCGUUCCAGGCUCUAGCAAUUAUCUGCACCAAUCGCCAGAUACACGCGGAGGCUGCUGCUGUGCUGUAUGGUCUCAAUCAUUUCAUCUUCCUGGACAAUGCGCGACACCAAGUCGAGCUCAUUCGAUCAUUUCUAGGCUUAAUCGGCCGUCGAAAUGCUGGGCUACUAGGUUAUCUGAGUAUAAACUUCCCGGUCGUGGAGGUCGCCGGAGAUCUAGAAGGAAAUUUUGUGCUAAGGGAGGAUAGUUUGGCCACAUUGAUGCUCCUGAAAGAUAGGUGCACCCAACUCAAGCAGUUAGAAACACAUGUGCAUCACGACACUAGUGCCGAGACUUUCAGGUCGGGUUGCUCUGGUGCGCACCACAUUCGGAGGGCAUUAUCACAAAUUGACUCUCAACUCAAACAACUCUCUUCGCUGAGUGAGGUCAUCGUCACCUUUUACACAGAACCUCCAAGCCUUCUGAUGGAGGAAUUGAUGCGCGAGUUUGGUUGGACAGUUCGACUCGGCCGAUAG